AAACGACAGCCGAUGCUGUUUCGGAGCUGAAGGACCGGCAUUCUAAAAGUAACGCUCCAGUCUCUCUGCUGUGCUGAAGAUGAUUCAAAAGUGGAAGACGAAUAAGUCUGACCAGUUCUGUCAUGAUAACUGUGCUGGUCGCUGUCCCACAUGUUCACCAAAGCAGCAGAUCCACUAUCGCAUGACCAAAUUCUGUGGCAUUCUGACAAAGUCAGAUGGACCAUUUUCAGCCUGCCACAAAAAAGUUGACUCCUCUGUGUACCUGGACAACUGUGUCUAUGAUGUCUGUAUCAAUAAAGGUGCCAGACAGAUUAUUUGUGAUAACCUGAAGAGUUAUGGUGAUGCCUGCAUGUCAGAGGGAAUUAAAGUCAACCCUGAGUGGAGAAUGGUUACCAAAUGCCACCUCUCCUGUCCAAAUGGUAGCCAUUAUGAGGCAUGUGGUUCACCCUGCCCUGCCUCCUGCACGUCCCUGGACAUUGAAGAGCUGUGUAAAGGCCCCUGCGUGGAGGGAUGCCAGUGUAACAAGGGAAUGGUGCUUAGUGGAGACAGAUGUGUUCCUAAGUCUAGCUGUGGAUGUCAGUAUCAGGGCAGAUAUUAUCCAGCAGCCACCACUUUCUGGGGCGAUAACACCUGCACAACCAUGUGUAAAUGCCUCAAAGGGAAAACCAAGUGCGAAUCGGUUACCUGUAAGAAGAAUGAGCACUGUGCUUUAAAGGGAGGUGUUAGGGACUGCUACCCAACAUCCUACGCAACAUGCCAGGCCACUGGAGACUGCCAUUACAAAAGCUUUGACAAACAGCGGUUUGAUUUCCAGGGCACUUGUACCUAUGUCCUGUCCCAAGUCAUUAAGGGAUCUGACCUGGACCUGGAACCAUUCCGAGUACUGGUCCAAAAUGAGAACAGAGGGCGUAACAAAGCUGUGUCUUAUACCAAGUCAGUCUCUCUUACUGUAUUCUCUAACAUCACUGUCAGCAUGAGUCGUGCCAGACCAGGGAUAAUACUGGUAAACAGUCAGUCAGUGAACCUGCCGUUCUCUUUAGAAGAUGGCACGCUUUCCAUGUACCGGUGUGGCUACUUUGGCGUUGUGAAAACAUAUUUCGGUUUGACGCUCAGGUUCAACUGGAACAGCCACGUCAGCUUGACUUUGCCCAGUUCAUACUCUGCUGCUACAGAGGGCUUGUGUGGAAAUUACAAUGGAAAACCUGGUGAUGACUUAAUGAAACCUGAUGGCACCCAGGCUAAACACAUUAAUGCAUUUGGACACAGCUGGAAGGCAGGAGGAGACGCUGGCUGCACCAGUGACUGUCCUGGUGGUAAAUGUCCUGAAUGUGAGCCUGCACUACUACUAAAAUACCAACAGCGGCAAUACUGUGGUAUCAUUUCUGACAAGCUUGGACCAUUUAGGAACUGGACAAUGAUGAGUCUUGGCUUGGAGUUGUCCCCUGGCCUGCGGGCCAACCCGGUGGAUCCUGUCAACUUCAUACAAGUCAUCGACAUUAAUAUCCAGUGCCUCCAAUAG